GAGAGAGAGUGAGCAAGAAAGUCUUCUCUUUCACACCUUUCGUUUUCUCGAACCUCUCUCUUUUUAAAGAUGGUGGAGGAAUCUUGGGUUUGACAACUCAUUUAACCUCUCUCUCUUCUCUCUCUUUUUAAGCUUUCAAGCAUCCAAGGGGAAGCUCCUGUUUUUCUUACUCUUACUUUUGCUUUCUCCUUUCGCUCUUCUUCUUCAUUCUCUCUCUCUAUUCCUCUUCUUCUUUAAAAACCUUGAUUUGAUCUUCUUAUUAGGAAUUGUUUUCUUUGGGGAUGGGAUUGGGUAAAGCUUGAAAUUUGACUUCUUUUACAUUUCUCUGAGUUAAGUUUUUGCUGUGGGAGGAAAGGGAAAUUAGGGUUCUUGGGGGGGAAGACAUGGAGGAGAUAGAAGGAACGAACAGAGCAGCUGUAGAGAGUUGUCAUAGAGUUCUUAAUCUUUUGAAUAGACCACAGCAGCAGCAGCAGCAAGAUCAUGUUGGGUUUGAGAGGAAUUUGGUGUCUGAAACUAGAGAAGCUGUGCUUAGGUUCAAGAGAGUGUCUACUUUGUUAAGCACUAGUGUUGGUCAUGCUAGGUUUAGAAGAGCUAAGAAACUUCCGACCCAUGUGUCUCAAGGCAUCUUACUUGAUCCUUGUCACCAAAAAACCGACCAAAGAACCGAGCUUGCACCAUCAUCAUCUUCUCAGAAACCACCGGUACUCCGGUCUGGUUUCCAGGAAUUGAGCUUGAGUAGACCUUCAGAUUCACUCACUUUAGGGACCAAGUCUUUCAGUUUGAACCCAAAUGCAAAGGUUCCUCUCCUUCAGCUUAGCCAGCCAGUGGUGCCUUCUUCGAAUUAUCCCAAUUUGUUUCCAGAUAAACAAAAACAACAACAACAACAUCAGCAGCUACAGCAGCAGCAGCAACAGCAGUUUCAUGAACGGUUAAAAGCUCACCAUCUUCAUCAGCAGCAGCAGCUACAGAAACAUCAAGCUGAGCUUAUGCUUAGGAAGUGCAAUGGUGGGAUAAGUUUGAGUUUCGAUAACUCCAGUUGUACCCCGACCAUUUCAUCAACUAGGUCCUUUGUUUCUUCACUUAGCAUAGAUGGUAGUGUCGCUAAUGUAGAAGGAAAGAACUCCUUCCACUUGGUAGGAGUUCCUAGUUCGACGGAUCAGAACUCACUACACUCUAAGAGAAAAUGUCCCUUGAAAGGAGACGAACAUGGAGGCUUAAAAUGUGGGAGCACUAGCCGUUGCCACUGCUCUAAGAAAAGGAAACAUCGGGUUAGGAGAUCGAUCAGAGUGCCUGCUAUAAGUAACAAGGUUGCAGACAUUCCUCCUGAUGAUUACUCUUGGCGAAAAUAUGGUCAGAAGCCCAUCAAGGGAUCUCCUUAUCCAAGGGGAUAUUACAAGUGCAGUAGCAUGAGAGGUUGUCCAGCGAGGAAGCACGUAGAGAGAUGUUUGGAAGAUCCGGCAAUGCUUAUUGUUACUUAUGAAGCAGAGCAUAACCACCCGAAAUUGCCAUCUCAAGCUAUAACAACUUAGACUCUAUUCUAUCUGUGGGCCAGCAAGAACUUUUCAUGUAUGGUCGAUAGGUUUUAGCAUUGCUCAAUGUUGUGAUAUAUGAUCGGGGCAAGAGCUUUUAGUUGGGGUGGGAUUUGAUUGUGAGAGAGUUUGCUGCAAUUGUUGGAUUUGAGUUUAAAAGGGGGAGAGGGGUAAAUGUUAGGAUUUGUCAAGACUCUUUUUCUUUCUAAGUUUAUUGCUCUUAAUUAAUGAAUUAAAAGUAUUUAUUUUAUGGCUAUGUAAUUUCAUAUCUUUUUAAUGGCAAGUUCGGUUUCUAUUAUG